ACCUGAAGAGCUUCUACAAUCUGAAAUAUAUCACUCCUGUUGCUGAAGGCAAACAGCCGGAGGAAAAUCAAAAAUUGAUAGAGAUGCAGAAGUUUUUUGGGCUCAAUGUCACUGGAACGCUGGACAUAGAAACACUGGAGGUGAUGAAGAAGCCCCGCUGUGGAGUUCCAGAUGUGGCUGCGUACUCCACGUUUGGAGGCAGACCUAAAUGGCAGACCAACAAGCUCACUUACAGGAUUGAGAACUACACUCCUGACAUUCCUGUAAGAGAGGUUGAUGAUUCCAUCAAAAGGGCCCUGCAAGUGUGGGCAGAUGUCACUCCUCUGAGAUUCACCCGUAUCUACAGCAGCACAGCUGACAUCAUGAUCUCCUUUGCUACAAAAGAUCAUGGUGAUGGCAACCCAUUUGAUGGACCACAAGGCACUUUGGCUCAUGCUUUUGCUCCCUCACCUGGAAUUGGUGGAGAUGCACAUUUCGAUGAUGAUGAGUUUUUUACCUUCCGCUCAUCAGGAGCAAGUUAUAUCCUGUUCUUGGUGGCCGCCCAUGAAUUUGGUCACUCUUUGGGUCUUUCUCAUUCCAACAAUCCUGGUGCUCUGAUGUUUCCCACAUACAGCUUCACUGAUCCGGAUCAUUUCUCUCUGCACUCUGAUGACAUUAGAGGGAUUCAGUCAAUCUAUCCACCUGUUCAAACGACUACUAGAGCUGUUCAAAUGACUACUAGAGCUUGUAACUUUAACAUGAUCUUGGAUGCAGUUACAACUUUUAGGGGAGAAACAAUGUUCUUCAAGGAUAGCUUUUUCUGGCAUCGUUCACCAAGCAGAAGUGUGUCUCAACUUCAGAUCAAGAGUUUCUGGCCCAAUGCCCCAGAUAAUAUAGAUGCUGCUUAUGAGGAUCCAGUGCAAGAUAAAGUUUUCUUUUUCAAAGGAAGACAAGUCUGGGCUUUUAAUGGAAACAAUGUUGAGCCGGGCUAUCCCAAGACUCUCAGCAGCUUUGGUCUGCCACCAUCUGUGACAAAAGUUAGUGCUGCCGUCCACAACAAAAACUCAGGAAAAACACUGCUCUUCUUUGACAUAUAUUACUAUAGCUAUGAUGAGAAGAUGAAGAAGAUGGACAAAGGGAAUCCCAAGCGACUGAAAGAUGGAUUUCCAGAGGUGACUGCAGGGGUUACAGCAGCCCAUCUAUUCAAUGGGAACAUUUAUCUCUUCAGUGGGACAAAGGUGUAUGAGUUUAGCAGCAGCAGGAAUCUCCACUGUGUGCUGAAUAAUAAUUACUUCCUUCCCUGUUAGUCACAUUUCCCCAAAAUAAGAAAUGAAUGGAACUUAACAACAGUACUUACUUAAAUGCAUUUUUUUUUUUAAAAACAGUUAAAAUGAACUAAUUGUUUAUUGUAUUUCUGGAUUCUGCUGAUCAAAAUUGUCACUGGACUUCUAUUUUACUAUUGUUAACAUUUAAAAGAAUGUGUAUAAUGUUUAAUGUUAAUGACUAUUUUCAAAUAAAUGAAAGUGCCUAAUUCAAUUGAAGAGCAUGUGAAGUUAUUUUUAGCAGGGACAUACAUUUAACAUUAACAUCUCUGACCCUUUCAGAAUCAGACAAUAGUGUAACCCAGACUAAUUAGGGGUUAAAUAAAUAUAUUAAUAUAAAUGUAUGAGGUUUAGAAAAGUAAAUAAUUGAAGAUUGGCAAUAUUAAUGAAUACUUAAGAUAAAAUAAAUUAUGUGAUAAAAAUAAUUUGUAAUAUUUAAACAAAUUAUAGUUUCAUCCAAUCAGAGUUCUGUUGCUAUGGACCGCCCACUUGCUGACACGGCAGAUUGCGCAAGACCUGAGAAGGGAGAAGACGGGAAAGAAAUUCGUUAAAUUUAGCUAUCAAGAAAUUAAAAAAUAACUGAGUUAAACUUUGAAAAUAGUGUUCAAAUCUCUUCAAGUCAGUUGAAAGAGGAGGAUAUUGAGUGGAUUCAGUUGUUAUUUUACUCCUGUGACGAUCGAUGGGUGAAUUACAUCGUUGUAUUACUGGGAAGUGAAUAUCUGGAUGUGGUCAGGUUUUUUUUUUUUCCUGAGGGGAGAUUGAUUUUCUUUGAUGGCGAGCCAACCUAUUCGGACACUGGAAAAAAGAAGAAAGAAGAUUCAUCCUAUAGGACCAGGAGAGUAUCGUGAUUUCAUUUUUUUUUCCCUUGCUCAAGGUAAAACUAGAGCCUGUGUUUUCUCCAUAUGGGACUGAAAACUGUCUGAGAUAAAUAGAAGAAGGAACUGAUAUCAGUUAUUGAACAUUUGGAAAUUGAACUGAUCGUCGACGUGUGCGUGAUAUCACAAAAUGGUUGUCAUUCUAUCGUUUUCUAUUGUAUUCAUACUAUUCUAGUGUGAAACCAACAGUGAUUUGCUCUAAGUGAAUUGUGCUUUUAUUUCUUUUUGUUGAAUUUAUGUAACUUACUUUGAAUUGUUUUUCAUUUAUUUUAUUGUUUGAUUUCAAAAAGGGGAAAGGCCGGCAUUUAAGGGAACACUUGUAAAAAAAAUCUAUAUACUUACCUUAAUUGUGGUCUCCUGUCGUUCCUUCAGCAAUUACCCUCUACCUCCAUAGUCGAACAUACAAAUCUUCUGAUUUUCUUAAUUGGUCCAUAAAAGUGAAGAAAUAAAUUAUAAGUAAUAUAACCCGUUACAAUAGCAAACCAAUAUAACCAAUAUAUUAUAUUAUAAUUUAUGUUAUUAGACUUUGUAAAAACUGACAGAUCAAAUAAUCUAAACCCCCAACAAUAAAGCAAAUCACAGCACUUGUUGCUAUUGAUAUAGUAUGGUGUGUCUGAGGAAUGGACGACUACAUGUCGUGUCACCAGAGAUGUCAAAAGUACACUUUUACAGUUUACUUUUUUCAGUAAUUUUCUUGUACCUGUCACUUUUUCGUCUGAAUGUCUACUUUUAUGAACAGAACGUCACCUUGUUGGAAAACAACAACCUCAUUGUAUGCCCUUAAGUGGAAGCUUUUUGCCUCUUGUAGGCAACGUGACCUAGACCCAGUUCAUUGCCCUGUAGGUUCAGUACUGGAGUUCCUGCAAAGUCGUUUUUUGAAGAGGGCAGCCCCUGCCACUCUUAAGGUUUAUGUGGAAGCCUUAUCUGCUAAGCAUGUGCCCAUGGGAGGUGCUUCUAUUUGACAUCACCCCCUGGUUUCCCAUUUCAGACAGGGAUCAGGACGGCUUAGGCCUUUCCAUCCUGUGCGAAUUCCUUCAUGGGAUUUAUCUAUCGCCCUUGAAGGUCUAGCAGGCCAUCCAUUUAAGCCACUGGAGUCAGUGUCAGAGAAGUUUUUGACCCUGAAGACAGUUGUUUAGGUGGCUCUAUCCUCUCUUAAGACAAUAGGGGAUCUGCAGGCUCUUUCAAUCAGCCCUUCUUGUAUAGACUUUGCCCCAGGGCUGGUGAAAGUUUUUCUGCGACCUAGGCCUGGGUAUGUUCCUAAGGUUGCAUCAAAAACGCAAAAUGCGGGCAGUGGAAUAGGGAAAAAGUGCAAGGUCUCGAGACUCGUUUUUUAAAAGUUGAACUGAUUUGAACUUGAGUGUCGUGUUUUUAGAACGCCGUGUCAUGCGCCAGAUGCUGCAAAAGACGCAAGAUGCAAGCGCAACAGUAUACAUGUCCGUCUAUCGCCUAUUUACAUAGAAAAACAAUGAAAAAGUAGCACAUUGGAAUGGAAAAACGCGUUCUGUGUGAACGGCCCCAUAGUUUUUCAUUAAUGACAUCAUCAUUGACUAGUCGACGUUGACUUGACUUUAAUUACAUAAAUGGCGACUUUAAAAAAUCUGAAGUUGUUCAACCCCUAGCAUCAACCCCAUUUCGCUCCCAGCAGGUGGUCUUGGAGGCUUUUCCCCUCUUGAUUUGGGGACUGAGAAUGACAUAUCACUUCUUGGUCUAUGCCUGGUGAGGGCUUUGAAGAUCUACGUUGACCACACAUUUCAGUGGUAAUUGGCAGAUCCACAAUCCAUCUGGCCAAAUGUUUGUAUGUUUUGGCAGCAAAAACAAAGGAGCUGCCGUCACCAAACAGAAUGUCUCAUUGGGUGAUUGAGGCUAUUUCUGCGGCCUAUAAGGCGCAUGGCACGGCUUCACCAGGUGUGCACGCUCAUUCCACCAGAGGAAUGUCUUUUUCUCAGGCUCUUUUUAAAAGCUCUUCGUUGGAAGAUAUCUGGGUUGUGGCAGGAUGGUCCUCUCUGAACACCUUUAUCAAGUUCUACACUGAAGACGACUCCCGGCUCCCAGGUUUGUUUUAUCUACUUGAGCGGACACUUUCCUUGGUCUUCCAGCUAUCUUCAGGUACAUGAAGGCGUUAUGGUAUAUUGUUCCCAUAGCGACAGUACGCAGCAUUGAGGGAACCCAUGAAAGGGAACAUCUUGGUUACGUAUGUAACCUUGGUUCUCUGAAUAGGGAACAGUGGUGGAAAAAGUACUAAACAAUUGUACUUAAAUAAAUGUAUUGCUAUUAAGAAAUAAUUUAGAGUACAAGUAGAAGUACUGAAAAAUAAUAUGACUCAAGUAAGAGUAAAUAAGUAGUUUGCUGAAAAGCUACUCAAGUUACUACAUAACAAAGAACUUUAGUAUUAUUUUUCUAUUUUUGUAUUAAACCUCUGGCAAAAUCACACCAUUACACUCAAACCCAUGUUCGCACUGCUGCUGAGCCAGAAAGAGCAGUUGUCAUGUACAGUUUAGGUAUCAAACAGCUUCAAAAACAGUGUUUUCAACCACUCAGUAUCAUCAUUUCUGUGUUACAAAUAUUCAUUUAUCUCAGAAGUACUAGGGAAAAAAGUUUAUAGUUUGGAUAUAAAAACUACAGUUGUGAGCAAAAUAGAGCAAAAACACAUUUUGAAUGCAACUUGUAUCGAUUACAUUGUUACACCACUAGGUGGUGACAAAUGACUGUAAAAUGUAUAUAUUGAACAUUUGAAAUUGAAUGAUCUAUUCUGUUUUCCCUCAAUGCUUUUUUCCUGCAUAUGAUCCCAUUAGGGUCCAUUCUCAGGAAAUAGGACAUUUCGUUUCACUGUUAUGCAGAUGACACACAAAUGUAUCUGCCACUGAAACGGAAAGAUGCCAGACCUUUAAAACCUCUGUUUGACUGCCUCAAAGACAUUAAAGAUUGGAUGGCCCUACGUUUUUUACAUUUUAAUGAGAGCAAGACUGAAAUCAUGAUAUUUGAUUCGAACUGUACUAAUAAGGCCUCUAACACUGAUUUAGGCCCUUUGCUUCCCUAUGUUCACUGUUAAAAAUCUGGGUGUAAUAAUGGAUAUGGAUUUUAAACUUGACAAACAAAUAAACUCUGUAGUCAAGUUUUUAGCAGUUAAGGCUUUUAUCUAAAGUUAAGCCUUUUUUGUCAUUUAAUGAUUUUGAAAGUCUUAAACAUGUUUUUAUUUCAUCUCGUUUAUUGUAAUGCCCUCUAUGUUGGUGUCAACCAGGCCUCCCUCUCACGCGUGCAGUUAGUGCAGAAUUCUGCAGCUUGACUUUUAACACAAACGCGUAAAUGGGAAUAUAUUUUCCCCAUAUUGGCUUCCCUACAUUGGCUUCACCAUUAUAAACUUUGGAAGAGUAAGGAUAUUAUUUAAUAUAUCUCAGAUUGUGUUUGUCUGAAAGAAAAUAGUCAUAUACACCUAGGAUGGCUUGAAGGUGAGUAAAUCAUGGGAUAAUUUUCAUUUUUGGGUGAACUAUCCUUUUAAUGCACACUGCAGUAAGCUAGAUCAAUAUUAGGCAUGGUAAAACAUGGUACCCUCUGUCAGCAGGGUUGGGGAGUAACGAAAUACAUGUAACGACGUUACGUAUUUAAAAUACAAAAUUUGAGUAACUGUAUUUCGUUACAGUUACAUUUUAAAUAGAUGGUAAUCAAAUUACGGUUACAUUCAAAAAGUAUUUUAGAUUUGAAUUUUUAUGUCAUUUAUUUCAUUUAAUAGACUAUUAACGUAAGCUGUUUGAGGAUUUUUAACCAACGAGCCAAUGUUGAUGAUUCUCCGACUCUGUCUGCUUAAAAAAACGCGCGCGCAGCCUGUUCAGAUAUCAGCAACCUGCAGAGUCAGACAUGAGAUUGAUUGCACGCAAAAAAUGGACAGGGAAACGGAAUAAUGCAUUUCUCUAGUGGAAAUUCAAAGACUUUUUACUUAUAAACAUGAAAAAGCAUGUACAGUAACAUCAUAGUGCAAUGUAAGCUAUGUCUACUGCAACAAAACUUCUAUCGGCUUCAAAGGAUUCAACAUCUAAUCUGAAAAAGCAUCUUGAGGUAGGCCUAAGCUGUUCUUGGUCUUUGAAAAUGUUACUUUCCUUAUUUACUCCUUAUUUUCCUAUUUACUCGUACGUUGAGCUUUAUAUGGUUAUCAUUAGCCUACAUUUAAUAUUUAAGAAUUUAUUAGUUCUUUGAAAUAUAACAUAAUCCUCAUAGAAUUAACAUCCACAUGCGUUAAAUAAUGUUUUAUAAAGCCAAUAUCUUGGUGUACUUUACAGACAAACUUUAAAUCUUAAUCAUUCUUUCCAAAUGUUUAGGUAUAUGGCGCGUGCGCGAGUUCCACUGGUCAUUAAAGGUGCUAAAAAGGAUCUUUUUGUCAACUGAGAAACCAAAGACUGAUAGUGAGUUUUUGAAAUGAGCGCAUGCGCAUGCGGGAA